GCGCUCGCGCGCGCGCCGGAAGCGCGUCCCCCGCGGCCCGGCCAAGAUGGCGGCGGAUGCCGCCACCGAGCUGCUGUUCCUGGACACGUUCAAGCACCAGAGCGCGGAGCAAAGUACCAACAUUGAUGUGGUUCGUUUUCCAUGCGUGGUUUACAUAAAUGAAGUCCGAGUCAUUCCUCCAGGAGUGAGAGCUCACACAAGUUUGCCUGACAACAGGGCUUAUGGAGAGACUUCCCCCCAUUCAUUUCAACUGGACUUGUUUUUCAACAAUGUCAGCAAACCAAGUGCCCCUGUUUUUGAUCGGCUGGGAAGCCUUGAAUAUGAUGAAAACACUUCAAUUAUUUUCAGGCCCAAUGCAAAGGUCAACACAGAUGGAUUGGUUCUUAGAGGGUGGUACAACUGUCUGACCUUGGCAAUAUAUGGCUCAGUUGACAGGGUAAUAACUCAUGAGAGAGAGUCACCUCCUCCACCGCCCCCACCACCUCCACCUCCCCAGCAACAGCCUGGAUUGAAAAGGAAUCCAAAACAUGCUGAUGGAGAGAAAGAAGACCAAUUCAACGGCAGUCCUCCAAGACCACAGCCCCGGGGACCAAGGACACCUCCAGGCCCUCCUCCUCCUGAUGAUGAUGAGGAUGAACCUAUGCCAGUGUCAGUGGUUGGGGAAAAAGAAGAUGAUGUGGACCAUAGGGAGGAUUACUUUGAGCCGAUUUCUCCUGACCGAACGUCCAUUCAUCAAGAAAGCCAGUAUUCGGAUGAUGGAGAGGUAGAGGAAGAUCAACCAGAAGAAGGGGAAGAUGAUGAUGAUGUGGAUGUGGAGGAAGAGGAGGAUGAGGAUGACGAUGACGAUGAUGAUGAUGAUGGUCAUACAGUAGAGAGUAUUGCUGAUGAGGAAGAAGAGGAGGAGGAGGAAGAUGAUGAAGAUGAAGAAGAGGGUGAAGAGGAGGAAGAAGGUGAUGGAGAUGAUGGCUAUGAGCAGAUUUCAAGUGAUGAAGAUGUAAUUGCUGAUCUAGAACGUGAAACAUUUAAGUAUCCAAGCUUUGAUAUUGAAUAUACUCCUGAGGAUCUGGCAUCCGUGCCUCCUGUGACAUAUGAACCUUUUGAAAAGGAGCUUGGACCGCUUUUAUACUUCAGCUGCCCUUACAAGACUGUAUUUGAAAAUGAAGUUGCUAAAAUAAAGGACCAAGACCCAGAAAAGGAAAAUUCAGGGGCAGUGGAAGGCUCAGUUAAAUUAACUGAACUGUUGGAAUUAUAUCAAGAGGAAAGGGGUGCAAAGUGGGUCACGGCAUUAGAAGAAAUUCCAAGUUUAAUAGUUAAAGAAUUGAGCUACCUGCUGGUGAGAGACACAAAGCAAGACUAUAUUACCCAGCUAGUAGACUGGACCCUGCAAGCUUUAAACCUUCAGGUGGCUCUCAAACAGCCCAUUGCUUUGAAUGUUCGACAACUCAAAGCUGGGACAAAAUUGGUAUCUUCGUUAGCAGAAUGUGGGACUCAAGGAAUAAUGGCACUCUUGCAGGCAGGAGUUAUUAAUGUGUUGUUUGAACUGUUGUUUGCAGAUCAUGUAUCAUCAUCCCUUAAACUUAAUGCUUUUAAAGCUUUGGAUAGUGUCAUUAGUAUGACUGAGGGAAUGGAAAUGUUUCUAAGAGGUGGCGCAGAUGUACAUGAAAAAAGUGGUUAUCAGAAACUCCUGGAACUCAUACUGUUGGAUCAGACUGUGCGAGUUGUUACAGCUGGUUCUGCAAUCCUACAGAAAUGUCACUUCUACGAGAUUCUGUCAGACAUUAAAAAGGUGGUGGAUCAAUUAGCAGAGAACACUCCUCCUCUUCCUAAUCACACAGAGCCAGAACAGGACCAGGAUUUGGCAGGACUUGAAAGAACCAACCAAGAAUAUGAAAAUGAUGUGGAAGCUCCUAUGGAUAUGGAUCAUCUUUUGGAAUCUUCUAAUAUAAGCGAAGGAGAGAUGGAAAAACUUGUUAGUCUUCUUGAAGAGAUCUUCCAUUUGAUGGAAACUGCUCCUCAUACAAUGAUUCAGCCCCCUGUGAAAUCUUUCCCAACCAUGGCACGCAUUACGGGCCCUCCAGAAAGGGAUGAUCCUUACCCUGUCCUGUUUAGAUAUCUUCAUAGUCACCAUUUCUUGGAAUGCAUUACUUUGCUGCUGUCUCUUCCAGUGACAGGUGCACAUCCAGGUGUGCUUCAGGCUAUCCGAGAUAUAUUGCGUUUCCUGGCACAGUCACAGAAGGGUCUUCUUUUCUUUAUUUCUGAGCACGAAGCAACAAACUUGUUGGUUAGAGCACUUUGUCAGUUUUCUGAUCCAGACCAAGAGGAAGGUCUGCAGUCAGAUGGUGCCAACGAGGAUACUUUUGCCCUGUGGCUCCUGCAUUCAACACAGACAUUACAGUGCAUUUCGGAAUUGUUCUGCCACUUCCAGCGGUGCACAGCCAGCGAGGAGACUGACCACUCAGAUCUGCUGGGAACACUUCACAACCUUUACUUGAUCACUUUUAACCCUGUAGGAAGAUCUGCUGUGGCUCAUGUAUUCAGUCUGGAAAAAAAUCUCCAAAGUCUUAUUACUUUAAUGGAGUACUAUUCCAAAGAAGCUUUAGGAGACUCAAAGUCUAAGAAGUCAGUUGCUUAUAAUUAUGCCUGCAUCCUUGUUUUGCUGGUGGUACAAUCUUCCAGUGAUGUUCAAAUGCUGGAACAGCACUCAGCACCUCUGCUGAAGCUUUGUAAAGCAGAUGAAAAUAACACCAAGUUGCAAGAGCUCAGCAAGUGGCUUGAACCCUUGAAAAAUCUUAGAUUUGAAAUAAAUUGUAUUCCAAAUCUUAUUGAAUAUAUCAAACAGAAUAUUGACAGUUUGAUGACUCCAGAUGGAGUUGGUCUUCCCACUGCACUUCGUGUUCUCUGUCAUAUUGCAUGUCCACCGCCUAUGGUAGAAGGUCAACAGAAAGACCUUAAAUGGAAUCUUGCAGUUAUUCAGCUCUUCUCUUCCGAGGGAAUGGACACCUUCAUCCGGGUGUUGCAGAAGCUGAACAGCAUCCUUAUUCAGCCUUGGCGACUCCAUGUCAACAUGGGCACCACGCUGCACAGAGUCACCACUAUUUCUAUGGCCCGCUGUACACUGACUCUCCUUAAAACAAUGCUGACAGAACUCCUGAGGGGUGGAUCCUUUGAAUUCAAGGACAUGCGUGUUCCUGCAGCACUUGUUUCUUUACACAUGCUCCUCUGCUCUAUUCCGCUCUCAGGCCGCUUAGAUAGUGAUGAACAAAAAAUCCAGAAUGACAUUGUUGAUGUCUUACUGACUUUUACACAAGGUGUUAAUGAAAAACUUACCAUUUCUGAGGAAACUUUAGCGAACAAUACUUGGUCUUUAAUGCUAAAGGAAGUUCUCUCAUCAAUUUUGAGAAUUCCUGAAGGCUUUUUCUCUGGACUUAUACUGCUUUCAGAGUUGUUGCCUCUUCCACUGCCCAUGCAGACUACUCAGGUAAUUGAAGCCCAUGAUAUUGCAGUGGCACUCAACACCAGGAAGCUGUGGAGUAUGCACCUCCACGUGCAGGCCAAGCUGAUCCAGGAGAUCGUUCGAUCUUUCUCCGGCUCGUCCUGCCAGCCCAUUCAGCACAUGUUGAGGCGGAUUUGUGUUCAGCUGUGUGACUUGGCUUCACCUACUGCUCUUCUCAUCAUGAGGACAGUACUGGAUCUAAUUGUAGAAGACCUGCAAAGCAACACUGAAGACAAAGAGAAACAGUACACUGGACAGACCACUCGACUGCUUGCUUUAUUGGAUGCCCUGGCUUCACAUAAAGCUUGUAAAUUGGCUAUUUUGCAUCUUAUCAAUGGAACUGCUAAAGGAGAUGAAAAGUAUGGAGAGGUUUUCCAGGAGCUCUUGGCUUUGAUGCGAUCAGCUGGGGACAAUGUCACUCAUCAACAGUGCUCUGAAUAUGUAACUUCCCUUUUGCAGUCCCUCUGUGAUCAGGAUAUUGCACUUAUUUUACCAAGUUCAUCAGAAGGCUCUGUGUCUGAAUUAGAGCAGCUUUCCAACUCCUUACCAAGCAAAGAGCUGAUGCCCUUAAUUUGUGACUGUCUGAUGGAAACAUUAACAAAUUCUGAGAGCAGUUACAGUUGUCUGCUGACAUGCAUCCGAACAAUGAUGUUCCUUACAGAGCAUGACUACGGCUUCUACCACUUGAAGAGCUCUCUAAGAAAACACAGCAAUGCUCUCUAUACUGUAUUAAAGCGAGUAAUAACUAGUUUCAGCAAAGACACAGGUGAACUGGCCUCUUCAUUUUUGGAUUUUAUGCGACAGAUUCUAAACUCUGAUACGCUGGGGUGUUGUGGAGAUGAUGGAAGCCUUAUGGAAACAGAUGGUUCCCAUUCAGGCAGAACGCUGGGUCUUACCACUGCAGAGUUAAAACAUCUACUGCAGAACAAAGACGAAACCCCAGAAAGCCUGCUUCUUGAUCUGGAGAAACAUGUUAUGGAUCGUUCUAAGGAAGACGAUGGCCUUGAAUCCUUACUGGACAACAUUGUUGGAGUAAGGCAGAUGUUGGAAUCAGCGGGUGAUUCUUGUCCACUGAGUGACCAAGAUGUUGAGCCUACUCUUUCUGCACCAGACUCUCUUCAGAACUUGUUUAACAACAGGACUACGUACGUGUUGGCAGAUGUGAUGGAUGACCAGCUGAAGUCCAUGUGGUUCUCACCCUUUCAGGCUGAAGAAAUAGACACUGACCUGGAUAUGGUAAAAGUUGACUUAAUUGAACUGUCAGAGAAGGGCUGCAGUGACUUUGACUUGCAAGCUGAAUUGGAGCGGUCAUUUUUGUCAGAACCAUCAUCUCCUGGACGCACAAAAACCACAAAAGGGUUCAAGCUUGGCAAGCACAAGCAUGAGACCUUCAUAACUUCAAGUGGGAAAUCUGAGUACAUAGAGCCUGCAAAGAGAGCUCAUGUUGUGCCACCACCCAGAGGAAGAGGAAGGGGAGGAUUUGGACAAGGAAUUCGACCACACGAUAUCUUCCGUCAGAGGAAACAGAACACAAGCAGGCCACCCUCCAUGCAUGUGGAUGAUUUUGUUGCUGCAGAGAGCAAAGAAGUGGUUGCUCCAGAUGGGAUACCACCAGCCAAAAGGCCACCAAAAGUGUCACAGAAGAUUUCUUCGCGUGGUGGGUUCUCAGGGAAUCGUGGAGGACGAGGAGCUUUUCACAGUCAGAACAGGUUCUUUACACCACCUGCUUCAAAAGCAGUUCAUCAUCCCCGGUGUGAGAUCUUCCUGAAGCAGUGUUGUUGCAAUGAGUUGUUUAGCACCAGGAAAGAUUGUCUUGAAGGAAAUUACAGUCGUCGUGAAGGUGCUCGAGGCUCAAGUUGGAGUGCACAGAGUACGCCCAGGGGAACCUACAAUGACAGUAGAGGUGGUCAAAGCAAUUUUAACAGGGGUCCACUGCCACCACUGAGACCAUUAAGUUCAGCAGGCUACCGACCGAGUCCUCGCGAUCGUGCUUCCAGAGGCCGUGGAGGAAUUGGACCGUCUUGGACAAGUGCUAAUAGUAGUAGCAGUGGUGGCUCAAGAGGGAAAUUUGUUAGUGGAGGCAGUGGAAGAGGUCGUCAUGUACGUUCCUUCACACGAUAAAAUAAGACCCAGUGGUGGAACAGCUCAACCUUGUGGACUUCUGUGAAGAUGACAAAGAAAGCAGCAUCACUAAUGGACCAAUUCAGAGUUUCUUGUAUCUGGAGGACACCAAGAGAAUAUUUUUGUCUGAAGAAAAAGCUUUUGUUUGAUACAAGAAUUGAAAUUUCAAUAAAAUUGAAGACUUUUGUGUACAAUUGUAAA